AUUUGAAGUAUUCCGAAGUGUUGAGUUGUUGACUGUAGACUUUGCAUUUAUGUUCUAAUUUUUUUAUUUUCUAACCGCUUUAUGUUAGUUUCACUAAUGUUUUUGACGCCACCUUAGUUUUAGGAUGACCAUGGAAAGGAGGAUAAAGUUAAAAACAUUGAACAGUCACAUUACUUGCAAAAUAUGUCGCGGUUACUUUAUCGACGCGACCACAGUUACUGAGUGUCUUCAUACGUUUUGUAAAAGCUGCCUAGUGAAACAUUUAGAGGAGAACAACACAUGUCCAACAUGCAACAUAGUGAUACACCAAUCCCACCCGCUCCAGUACAUCAGCUUCGACCGGACAAUGCAGGACAUUGUGUAUAAGUUAGUGCCAGACUUGCAGGACAAUGAAAUAAAACGUGAGCGCGACUUCUAUCGGGCCCGCAACUUGCCCUGCCCCAAGGAUGCGGCUCUCGCAGCCGACAAGCCCGGGGCUGACGAGCCGGAGCAGCAGGAUAACACCGACUGCCAUCGGAAGGAUGAACAGGUUAAUGUGUGCCUGGAGUGCAUAUCAACAUCCCUGAGAACACUGAAGCGAAGCUUCAUCCGGUGCUCAGCUCAGGCCACCAUUACACACCUCAAGAAGUUUAUAGCUAAGAAGGUUUUAAGUGGUAUGGAAAAGUAUAGAGAUAUUGAUAUACUAUGUAACGACGAAUUAUUAGGCAAGGAUCACACGUUAAAGUUCGUGUACGUAACGCGCUGGCGAUUCCGUGAUCCACCACUCAGACUGCAGUAUAGACCUAAGAUCGAUUUGUAGGCGACAUAGAUAUUUUUAUAUGUGUUGUGUGCAAACAACACUACUAGAUUUUUAUAUGUGUCCUUAUCAAACUAGGCAACCUGAAAAAAAAAACAGUGAAGACAGAUAGACCAAUGAUAUUUGCUUUUGUUAUUGUCCGAAUGUUAUUGAUUAAAUCAAAUAAUAUUUUCCUUAAUGCCAUGUUGCAUGGCCCAAAUAACAAUAAUUUUAAUGAAACUGCAUGAGGCUGUUUAUAGGAUGCCUAGUACACAAACAUUUAAAAAAAGAAAUUAAAUAACCUAUGUUUUAAGAUUCCUAGAAAUUAAAUAAUUAGUUUAAAUUUAUUUUCCUCAAGUCAAAUGGUUUUAGUUCAAGUAAUGUAUUAGUUCAAUUAAUUCCCCUGUUUUUAUGUUUAUUAAUGUAAAUUAAUUUAGUUUCUGUUAGUUUCGUUUUAAUUGAUAUCUUGGUUAUUAUAUGGUAAUACUAAAAUUAGGCUAAUUAAAUGGAAAUCUCCCAGGAAUGGUAAAAGUAUUUACAAA